AUGUUAGCCGUGAUGCCAUUCCACACAAAGGCUAUACCAUGGGACUAUACAGCUGAGGUAAGGAGGAAAGACAAGGUUAGGUUCGAGGAAACUGUUGCCGCACAGGGUAUAACAAGAACUGGUAGGGUCUAUACCCCGGAACACCUAGCUGAGUCAAGCAAUUCCCACGCCUCAGCUCAAACUCAGUCCUCACUUCAUAGCUUCAGUCUUCACUCUUCUUCACGCCUCACAAGUCGCAGACUCGCAGUGUCGCACCCAGAGACUGCUGUGCUGGUGCUGCUCACUUCAGUCUUCACGUCUCGGAGGGCUAGUGGUAUCAACUUCGAGUUCGUGAUUGAAGGGGCGGAAAAUGACCUGAACCGCUAUGGAACCCUACCCGCAUCGAAAUCAGCUGUUGAGGGUCUGCCCAGUAUUAAAGUUAAUGAGGAAUUGCUUAAAUCUGAGCUGGCACAGUGUGUUGUGUGUAAGGAUGAUUUUGAGCUAGGGUUAGAUGUGAAACAGCUGCCAUGUAAGCAUGUUUAUCAUGAGGGUUGUAUUCUCUCGUGGCUUGAGUUGCAUAAUUCGUGCCCUGUUUGUCGAUAUGAGUUGCCAACUUGGUUCCAUUUUGUGUUUCUGCUCUUCUGCUAUGCUUCUGGUCUUGUAACUGUUAGCUAUGUUUCUGUUAUGCUUCAACUGCAUAGCUUUGAAUAUUUUUAA